AUGGUGGCAGCUCGAAAUAACCGUACCAGCACUGACUCCAUGUUCCCAGAGAACUUGGAGGAUGGCGAUGAUGCGAUAUCUCCUAUACUGGUAGUGAGCACGGUCAUCGGGGUGCUCGUCAUCCUCUCCUGCAUGACCAUCAUUGGAGGCAGCAUCUGCAAGGCCCAGUUCCGGCAGCGUCGGAACCGCCGCCGCUAUGAAGAAGAGGAUGAGAACAGCCAAGGAUCUGACGGGAGCAUAUACAGCCACUUAACCUACAGGAUGCGCCAUGCCUGCGGCUUUGCAGAGGGAUGGAGCUCACCCUCAGUCCUAAGCACUGAUGAGAAUGUGGAUGGCAUGAUGCUCCAAGAGCUGUACUCGGAUAUUCCACCACGUUAUGAGGAGUGCAUCGGGCCAGGGGCCACUCAGCUGUAUAUCCCCACGGAUGCACCACCACCCUACUCGCUGAUUGAUGCCUACCCUGUGCUGGAGAGCACCCUGUGCUGGAUGACAGGCAACAACAACAACCCAGGCGGAUACCAGGCGCAGAGGAUCCAGGGCCAGGGGGGCCUCUGCACCAUCUCCAUGGAUGCCCUGCCCUCUUAUGAGUCUGUGUGUGGGGCUGGCCCAGAACCAGGGCCACAGCGCUCCCGGGCCUCAGCCGGCCCCAACUGGAUCCUGGUCUCUGGCACAGAAAUGACCGUGUAA